AAGGAAAAAAAAAAAAACAAGUGACCCCAUUUCAUGUUAUCUCUGCCGCACUUUUCUGGUUCUUUAACCAUCUCCCCUAAUAAUAAGGCAUUUGUAACUAUCCCACGGAAUAAGGAUAAAAGUAUUAGAUUUUUUUUCCCUCUCCAUUUUUUUGUGUGUGCGACUGAAUGGAGUGUUCCGUCUCCCAGUGAACGCGUUCCAUUAAUAUAUAAUCAGUGCUGAAAACAAUGCUGGAGCCGGAUUGGAAAGGUGGGGCCGGCUGCUUUGAAACUGCUGCUUCCUAGUCGUUUUUUUGGCUGCCGUGCUGCCCAGUGUGUUAGUCAAGCAGUGCUGAACCUGUUGCUGCAGUAGCCGACUUAGUAUUUUGCUUGCUAGAUAGAGGAAGGAGGGCUGUCUGCUGUCUGGUAGGAGGGCAUUGUCUGUGUCUUUUUCCCUAUCACACACACACACUCUCGCUCUCUCUCUCCCCCUCUCUCUCUCUCGCUCUCUCUCUCUCUCUCCCGUCUCUGUGGUUUGUAAGGUAGGUUGCAGUGUGUGUGUGUAUAUACACAACAUCAAGAUCAGGAAAAUGGAAUCAUUAGACAGGCAGCCAGUCAUUACCACUUACACUCUAGUUCCAGGGAGACUUCGAUUAUGAGAAGAGAAAACUCUCAGCUCUGGGGGACAAGGAUUAAAGAGUUCAUAGCUGUUUCCAUUGAUUCUGCAUGAAGAACCAUUGUUAGAACUUGGCCUGCUCCGCUCUCACCUUGGAUCUGAAGGCAAGACUGCCUGGAGUCCCACUUCCAUGCUGAAAUCACUGCACCUUAAUAAAACACAAAGAUAAAGCUGCUUUGCCGUCUGCACUGGUUCCGGCCCAGGCACUCUGCUAUACCAGACCCAAAAAGGACGGGAUACAUUGUGGGAAUCACUGGGUGAGUGCCGGCUAUCGUAGCAGGGACCCCCAGCUUGACCUAUGUUCAUGAUUCAGGGUGAGGACGUAGUGAGGAACCCUUGCUGUGCUCCCCAGCACACAGACCUGCUGCAUUAAAGAGCUCCCAUGCUGCUUCUUUCCUAUCCCUUCCCAAAUGAUUGUCUGCACUAAACCUGAGACUUGGAGUGACUUGCCUGAAGAGUGACACCAUAAAACUACUGAAGAAACGCAGGACAGCUGAAAAGCAGAAGGCGUCUGUGGAGAAUGAGAUUAGUCAGUCGAGAGGAGGCAGUGCCAAGCCAGGCCGUCCCUGCCAGAACUUUGUAGCUGUUCAAUUCCGGUGCCCAGCCUUAUCCACUCAACACAAACAGACAUCAAGCAACCAAUCAGCACGCGUCGCCUGAUAGUGACAUCAGUUGCAAGGGGAUGACAGAGCGCAUUCACAGCAUCAACCUCCACAACUUCAGCAAUUCCGUGCUCGAGACCCUCAACGAGCAGCGCAACCGUGGCCACUUCUGUGACGUGACGGUGCGAAUCCACGGAAGCAUGUUGCGGGCUCACCGCUGCGUGCUGGCCGCUGGCAGUCCAUUUUUCCAGGACAAGCUGCUUCUAGGAUACAGCGACAUCGAGAUACCCUCAGUGGUAUCGGUUCAUGCCGUGCAGAAGCUCAUUGACUUCAUGUACAGCGGGGUGCUGAGGGUUUCCCAGUCGGAGGCACUGCAGAUCUUGACAGCUGCUAGUAUUCUGCAGAUAAAAACAGUCAUCGACGAAUGCACGCGAAUUGUCUCACAAAAUGUUGAAGGAGUAUACCCCCUUUUACAGGACUCUGGUCAAGAGACACCCAGGGGAACCCCUGAAUCAGGCACCUCUGGGCAGAGCAGCGACACAGACUCAAACUACCGAAUCUACUCAGCUCUGUAUACAUGUUCCAUGCAGAACGGCAGUGGGGAGCGUUCCUUCUACAGUGGAGCCAUGGUAAGCCGCAAGACUGCCUUAGGGCUACCUAAGCAACACCAUGCAGAGGAACCUAGCUGGAUUACACGCAUACAUCAACGAUCCCAGAGAAUGGAGAGGUACCUCGCUACCACUCCUGAGACCACCCACUGCCGUAAGCAGCCUCGUCCAGUUCGUAUUCAAACGCUAAUGGGCAACAUACACAUCAAGCAGGAGGUGGAGGAUGAUUAUGACUACUAUGGGCAACAGAGAACACAAGCCCUAGAAAGGAAUGAGUCAGAAGAGUGCACUGAAGACACUGAUCAAGCAGAAGGCACUGAGAGUGAACCCAAAGGCGAAAGUUUUGACUCUGGAGUAAGCUCAUCCAUUGGCACAGAGCCUGACUCCUUAGAGCAACAGUACAUGCCCAUCCUCAGUCGGGAGGGUCAGCAAGAGCCUUCACAUGCAGAGUCCAACAACCUGUCCACCGAAGGCAAUGAAAAUCAGAACCAACAGCACUUAGACACCAGCCCUUCCUCCCCCGACAGGAACAACACCCUAGAGAUGGAGAGCACAUUGCUCAGAGUUAGCAAUAGCACCGAAAAGGGGGUCUUACAGACUUCAGUUUCCCAGUCCAUAGCGCAGGCAAUGCCAAAUACCCAACUCUACCUACGUCAGACAGAAACACUCACCAGCAAUCUGAGGAUGCCGCUAACCCUGACUAGUAAUACUCAGUGCAUUGGCACAGCUGGCAACACCUACCUUCCUACCCUUUUUACAACCCAGGCAGCUGUGAGUGGGCCCAAGCCUUUCCUUUUCAGUCUGCCCCAACCUUUAGCUGGUCAGCAAACCCAGUUUGUGACAGUACCCCAAGCUGGCGUGUCUUCAUUUGCUGGCCAUUAUCAGAAUGCAUCCCAAACAAGUCACAGCACAUCAAGUGCACAAGGAGAAAAAAAGCCUUAUGAAUGCACCCUAUGUAGCAAAACCUUUACUGCCAAACAGAAUUAUGUGAAGCACAUGUUUGUACAUACAGGUGAAAAGCCGCACCAGUGCAGCAUCUGUUGGCGCUCCUUUUCCUUGAAGGAUUACUUAAUCAAACACAUGGUAACGCACACCGGCGUGAGGGCCUACCAGUGCAACAUCUGCAACAAGCGAUUCACGCAGAAGAGCUCCCUCAAUGUGCACAUGCGCCUUCACAGGGGGGAAAAGUCCUACGAGUGUUACAUUUGCAAGAAGAAAUUCUCCCACAAAACCCUGCUAGAAAGGCAUGUGGCCCUCCACAGUGCUACCAAUGGCACUGCCAUCCUCCCAAUCACGGCUCCACCCCCUGGCUCAGUUCCAACCCCAGGUUCAACUCAGCUUCUAGGCUCAGCUUCUGCCUCUGGUUCCACUCCUGGCCAGGGAUUGCCUCCAACCUCCAACAUGGCUGCAACUCCUAUAGUGGCCACAGCUCAAGUAUUGCCUGCGGCUCCAGUCCUGGCACCUGCUCAAGUCUUAGCACCUGCUCCAGCCUUGGUACAAGCUCCAGUCUUGGUUUCUGCCUUAGCACCAACCCCAAACCUGGUUCAUCCCCCCACGCCUUCCCCAACUCCUGGCCCUGUUCUGGCCCCACGGCCUGGGCCUCCAAAUGGUGGAGCUAUGGCAGGUGCUGAGGGCACAACGUACGUUUGCUCAGUCUGUCCAACUAAGUUUGACCAAAUGGAGCAGUUUAACGACCACAUGAGAAUGCACGUUUCAGAUGGAUAAAUAUCAUCCAUUCUUAUGAACAAAAAAAGCUAUGGCACUAGAAUUUAAGGUUUUUGUUUUGAAUUUCUUUUAUUUUUUUUGGCAUUUUGUACUACAUGAAGAACUGUAUUGCCUGCUGGUACAUUACAUUUCCGGAGAGUGGGUUAAUAUAUAUCUCUAUAUAUAUAUCAAGAUAUAUAACCUGCGUAUAUAUAUUUUAUCCAGUCUCCCUCAGAUGGUGGCCUUAAGGCUUGGUAGAUCUACCUGAAUUCUACUGGUUGGAAUUCAAGCUACUGGCCUCUAAAUACAACCCUUCUUUAAAAAAAAAAAAAUCUGAAAAAAGUGUUAAAAAAAUUACAAAAUCCACAAAAAAACUACAAAGAAAAAAGACAAGUUUUCCACUUGUGUAGAGCACUACAAUACAAAUAAUAUAAUGAAUAUAAAACAAGGCCUACUGUCUCUUAACCUGGCACCGAUAGUGUUUCCUUUCUGGUUCAUUUCUCCCCUUGCUUGUCACCCUUGUGUCACGCAUAGACUCCAUAGUACCCAGAUCACAGGACAAACUGCGCAACUUUUUUUUUUUUCCUUUUUCUUUGUUUUUGAGGCAUUAUGUGUUUUUAAUUUUUUUAAGCUUUUCUUGGGGGGUGGUCUUGGAGACAAGGGGCGAUUCUGAGAGGAUGGGAUGAGCACACACACCGGCAACUGCACUUAUGACUGGAAUGGGCAAUGAAGCACCUGCCCGCCAUUUUUUUUUCUUGCUGUGGUCCAUUGUGCCCAAUUACCCAUGACCCUCCUCUCCUGUUCCCUUGAAAGCCAUCCCCAGCUGUCUUUCACUUGCUGAAGAAAUUGUAAAAGAAAAGAGCGACAUAAAGACACUAAGGGCAAAAAUGAAGACAACACUUUCAAGCAACUCAAGUCAGUGACAGAGAUUCCCGCUUCAGUACGGGACAAGGACACACUAACCAUAAAUACUGUAUACACACAACCAAUAUGUCUAUAGAGACGAUCACACAUGGUGUAUCCAAUCUAACCAUUUAGUUUGGUACCUUCUUCUAUAGGGCUGAACUGGAGAAAGCCGCAGUGUUCUUCACUUUAGGUCUUCAACUUCAUUUAACAUUUUGGGAGGCUUCCAAAGGGUGAGUGGGAUUUGGCGCCUUUAAUUUUGUCUUUUGCUACCAUUAAUGGCGUCCAAAGCAUAUUGUUUGUAAAACUGUGACCUUCUGAAAUCCACAACGAACCCGUAAUGCUGAGUUUUCCAAUAUUCCAAAUUUACCAAAAACACAACCUUGGAGAAUUUAGAGGAGACCUUACUGCCAUUAGGGCUGCAUUGUUAUAUGUGUAUAUAUACGGGCACGCCCUGCACAUGUAAUGCAACAUUCUGUCCAAUCUUCAAACUCCAAGGAAAUCAGCUUUAAAGAGUGUGGCGUGUUGAUGAACUCAUCAUUACAGCGUCUUGAGCAAUUCAGAGAGGAGCAACAGGACACUAAAUUCCUAAAAAAAUAGCAUUCUGCUCUGGCAAAGUAUGGUGGUAAAUCCAUUAAGAUCAGAGAAAACAUUGGGUUAGAUUUCUGUACAGGGCUUCCCCAAUAAGAUCCUCCAUUUUUAUGUAGGGAUCAGCCAUAACUAUGGACCAGGCAGAAAGCCGGUUGGAAUAUCACAUUGACUAGAUUCCAGCUGGAGUUUGGUCACUAGAAAUUCCUGCUCGGGAUUUGGGUUCUCCUGUCCCAUGUUAGCCUUAUUAGGGGAACUUUUUUACUUUACAAUCCAGCCUGGUGGCAAAAGGUCAGAGUGUGUUUCCUUUUUCUGGUCAGGCUUUCUCCUGGCCCAUGGGGUAAUGUUUAUGUCAAUGUGUCUUACAGGGGUGAAAUUGUCAGGAUACAUUCUGUACUGGCACCCGUAGAUGUUUUUUGGAUUGGUAUAGUUCGUCAGAAAGAGACGGUCGUUCUCAUGUACUAAAUGUCACGUUUGGCUAUUGUAUAAAGGCCAAUGAGUCCAAGAGACAAAUCAGACAAAUCUCAGUAUCCAAAACACACUGCUGCUUCUUUUGCUUUGUCUUUAAGUAUUCUAUGCUUGUUACCUCUUUCUACAAGGAUCAUAAGAAACAUUUUGCUUAGGAGUACCCUUUGUGCUUUUCAUAUUUAAUUCACUGCCACUACUAAACAGAGAGGGGCAGCAAUUAUUUCCUUGCUGGUUCAGCGACAAUGUGUUCCCAUUAUGUUUACGGUAAUCUGCCAGAUUAAAUGAAACCACAGCUGAAUGUGGCUGCAAAGUUCUAUGGCAAUCAGAUGUAUAGGGAUUAGAUUGUGUGCUCUGCCUGCUCCUAACGGCAGCUUUCACUGCAGGUAAUAUCUUGUACUCUGCACUACCAGUUGUACCCCUGUUUAUGCAUUCCUUGCCCCCAGGGAGCUGCUCAGCUUGUGUUAGUUCCCGACAUAGUUGGAUGCUAUUCAUAAUGCUGCAUUUUUAUUUUUUGUUUGGUACUACUAUGGGAGUCCAUCUCACCCCAGGAACGGUCGGGGAUAACGGGAGCAAGUGUUUAUUUCUGUAUAUGAGGGAGAGGCGAGAAAAGCAAUUGUUUCCCCUUCCAUGUCACUGUCAGAUGCAGAGUUAAUAAUCCCAGAGAAUUAUAGUGACACGUUCUGUAGAUCAGGUUGGAGACAUGGAUUUCCAAUGUCUUGUGAAACAGCUGCCCAUGUUCUCUCUGUAUUCCUAGCGUCCCUGCCCUACAGUAAAACAGGACUUUUGACCUUUAAAAGUUGUGGCCCUGGGUGCUCAUGACAUAGAGCCAGGACAAAAGAUUAGGUGCAAGAGAGGUAAUUGUGCUAGUUUUGUGCACGUAUAUAUCUACUUUGUAUUGGGAGGUGGGUGAACCUGCAGAACAAGCACUGGGCUCACUUUAGGAGAGAUUCCGAGGGUGCUGGUGAUUUGUACCAUCAUGGACAAGUCCACUAACCUGCGGCUGAUUAUAAAGUUAUCCUGUCAUGCUUUCUGGUUCUUUACAAAUGGUCCAAAUGAUCAACUUUAGCCAAGCGAUAAAUAUAGAGAUACCUGUAGAGAUACCUAUAGUCACAUAAGGCUGUGAGAGAAAAUCGGGGGUCGAUUCUACUGAAUUGAGCAGUUUUAUGGGAUCAGUCUGUGCAUGCUAUGAGCAAACCAAUUGUUCAUUUUGCUGCUACGUCUGGAGUUUUCCAUUAAUCUGUUUUCAGCUAGAGAUGCUCCUUAUUCUGUUCUUGUGGCUCCUAUCCCCCCCUUCCUUUUGCUUCUUGUAAGGGAAUAACACUGCUGGAGAUACGGUUGUGGUCAUCUAUAGAACAUUGGGCUAUUGUAGGAUCAACUUCAUUGGAGUCAGGGUAUACAAACAUAAGUGUAGUAUUAUUAUUAUUAAAGGGGCAGUAUUCUCCCUUGUUAAACAUGAUGGCCAUUUUGUUUCUUCCAGGCACCCUGCCCACAUUUAUACCCAGCACCCCAUGAGGCGAUAAGAAACCACAUGCUAUAAGUGAUCUGACUAGGUCAUAAAUUGAUAGUCCCCCCUCCCCUAUUUUAGGGGCCAAGAACACUCAUCCAUUGAUUUGAGUCAUGUUCUAAACCAGUUCUUGCAACCCCUAUCCACAGCCCCUUUAGUAUGCCAUUCAUUAGUCCUGUACAAGUGCCCCCUUGUUUGGGUAUAUAGUCACCCUGCAUCCCCUCGUAUGAAUUCCAGCUGCACAUUACUGAAUCUCAUGCCUCGGCCACAGAUGCAAUAUAGUGCAGCCCCCAAACCAUUUUGCAUACUGGUUCUCUUCCAUUAGAUGUCAUUGCUGCACAGUUAGGCAUCCCAGUCUUAAUUAUGAGACGUGUUAUAAUUCAGUAUUAAUCUGAAUGGCGUAUCGCCUGCCUGAGAGAGGCCGGGAUUCACCCUAUAUGUCAAUAAGUAAAACAGGACCCACCCAAACUCCUUUUCUUUAUGUAUAGGUAAAUCCCUAGCAACCUGAUAGCACUGUAAUUGGCCAAAAAGUUAACUCAAAUGUCACAAGAGAAUGAAGACUACAAAUAUUCUUAGAUUAUAGUCAUCUAUCUUGCACACAAUUAGCUCCAAGGUGAAGUUAUACUACUGCCAAUUCCCUGGCUUUGUCUUUGGGGCUUCCCAUUCCUUAGUUUCAAGAAGUACAAAUCAUCAUCUAUUAAUUAUGACCCAGUGCAGUUACCCACAGUAACCAAUCAGGUGCACAUAUGUCACUGUGGCCCAUGAGUGAGACCGUUUGUCUAUAGGUGUCAUUAUAGCACCCAUAGUGGGACCAGGGGUGCAUGGGUGUCAUAUAUCAGUGUAGCCCAUGAUUGUGACCUUAGGUGCGUAGGUGUUAGUGGAGCCCCCUGUGUAUGGAGUCCCUGAGUGUCGAGUGAGUGUUCCAUCUUUAUUCACAGACAUCUUUUGGUAGCGGAAACUGACCCAGAUUAGGAUACUGGUUUUUUUGAGUGUUGCCCAUCAGAUUUGGUGCCCUUGGCAGAGAGUUCUGUGGUUCAUCAGAACAUCUCAAAGUCAUAUUUUCUGUAUCUUCCUAUUUGCUUACAAUGUAAUUUCUCCUACCGCACACCUGUAGUUCACCAAUCCUGCAACUGGUGGUGCGUUUCUUCCGUUGA